UAUAACUAUAAAAUAAUGAUGAGGUCUGUUUCAAUGGCAUCGUUUGCAUCAACUUCUUCCUCAACAAUGAAUCAAGCGAUAGACUUCCACCUUACUCCUGUAGAGCGGGAACAAUUCGAAGAAUACAGAAAUCACGAGGGAUAUCUUGAAAAAUACGGAACUGCUCUCUUCGCUGGGUGGCAAAAGAGGUAUUGGAAAAUAAGAUGUAAACGUGAAUUUUACUUAUCCUACCAGAAAGAUGAGAAGGCAAACGCUAAGCCAAAUCCACUCAAAAUUGAUCUUAUCAAAGAUCUAGCUAAAGAGUCGGAGAAAAAGCUAGCUUUCAAUUACAAUGAUGAGAGAGUGUUUGAAUUAAGGGCUAAGACCAGCCAAGAGAGGGACAAAUGGGUGGAAGCACUUCAGUUCUUAAUCCAAGUCAGAGACAAAAUCGGCAAUUUCACUGAUGAAAGAAACAUCUCUUUAGGCUGUUAUUUUAAGGGAGGUACUCCAGUUGAAAGAAAUACUCUCACUGAGUCUGACGAUGGAAAACUGUCCACUUCAGGCAAGAAGAGGAAGGAUAAGUCUUAUAAGCAUAAAAAUAUUGGUCAGGAAGAGCUCAGAGGCGUCCUUGAUGACGACCAACAGAACCUUGAUGUGCAAGGUGGCAAGAAUGACAAGAAGAAAUCUGAAGCAAUCAUGAAAGCAACAGGAAUCUCUGAUUUUUUGGAAGGGAUCCCUGAGAAACUAAAGGCUCCAAGAAUCCUUUAUGGGUUCUUAGGUAAACCUAAUAGAAGUUCUUUGAAAAUAGAAAUGAAAAGAUGGGUCUUUCUUAUUAGUAGUAGACCUCUAAAUCAUGAUUCAUAUCUUGAGGAUGGGGAAGAGAUCGAUGAAGAUGAGUUACCUCCAGUUCUCAAUUUCGAUACCAUUUAUUACUACAAAACUGUGUAUUCUGUCGAUGAUGCUGCUAGUUUAGCAGGUGAAAUCAAAAGUAUCGAUAUAGAUAAUAUCCAAAUCAGUGAUAAGAAUGAGACUAAGCUCCAUUACUUCAUCAUUGAAGCCAAAGGAAAGAAGUACCAGUUUGUCUCCACCAAGAGGUUUAUCAUUGAACAAUGGGUUGAUGCAAUAGAAUGUAGUGUAAAAACAGCCAGAGAGAAGCUCUACUCUAUUACAGGCAAGAUUAAGAAUAUUUCCAUGAUCAUUACUAAUUUUGAAAUUGAUAAAGAUCAACUCAGGGAGGAAAUUGAGAAAGACAUCGAUUUCAAACUUUGGAAUGAAGACAUGACUAAUUAUAAGGAGUAUGAAGAGGUCUACCUGACUCUAGAAGCUCUUGAUGUGAUCAAAGAUGACAUGCUUUAUACAUUUGAUGCUUGAUUAGCACAAAGCCCUCCUAGAAAGGACAUCAUAGAGAUGUACAUGGAGUCAGUCCAUGCGAAGAUAUGUGAGAGACUCACAUAUGAAUGGAAUAUUAAGGCCUUGUUAAUGACCCCACUUGAUAUCCUCUCUUUGUGAGAAUGGGUACAUAAAUAUUUAACAACUUUAAAGAAAUUUGGAAUUAAGGAUGACUCCUGAGAGAAUGGAUACCUCACUUUGGUUAAUGCAUACAAGAGGAAAAUUCAUAUGCAGAUCUACCCGAUGAUCACCAAUGUGCUGAUUAGAGAAAGAGAAGGUCAUAUCGAAACUGAUGCUGAUGGGAAAUUGUACACCCAUUCUCCAAACGACAUUUUUAAGAUUUUCUUGGAAGUUUUUGAGGUAUUACUAAAGAAGCCUAUGAAAGAACUCAUAUUGGGAGUGCUUGAAGUCCUGCAUGAGUUAUUUUCCCAGUACCAAAGAGCUCUUUUUCAGAUGAUUUCAAUGGAUACAAGUCUUAGCUUUGACUACUUGGUGGCAAUUAACAAUAAUUUCAGUAAAUUCUUCGAUCUGACGGAUACUCUUCUUAAUCUCUGACAAGAAAAUAAAAGUUUGGAGGAAGAAGAGUACUCAAAGAGUUUUGAUCAAAGAACAAUGGUGCAAUAUUUCUCCAAGAUCACUUCUAAAAUUGUUGGAAGAAUCACUGAUGAAACCUGGAAUGAGAUCAAGAGUUACUUCCAAGGAAACUACAUGGACCUUGACCUCGAAAGCAGCCUAAACCAUGCCUUCAUAAUUUUUGAAGAGAAAACAGAUUUGAUGAAUAAACUGACUUCUAGAGAGGUUUGGAAAAGUUAUCUCAAUCGGACAAUUGUCGGAAUCAUCCAAAUCCUAUUCAAUUCUAUUACUAGGAUGAAGAAGAAAAGAAGUGAGGAUGCCAUUCAGAAAAUACAGAAGGACUAUGAGAAAGUAGAAGAGAUGUUCUCAGAGUACAUGACCAAGAAGAUCCUCAGGCCUAGCCUUGAGGUUCUUGGAGAUAUCAAGAACUUCUUCGAAUCAUCAGUGGAUUUCUUACCCAUUUCUGUAGGCAAGAUGAGGAAGGACCAUGGUCCUGCCUUUAACCUUACAACUGUGAAGGCAUUACUAAGCUUAAGGACUGACUUAAGUAAGGAAGAAAAGAAUCAGGUGGUCAAGGAUUCUUCAGAAAUCCUUGAUCAAUAUAAAGAUGAAGGUAGAGUCAGCAACACUGGAGUUUUCAACAAUGUUGAUACUGCAUCUGCAGCAGAGCAGUUCAAUGAUGAGAUGAGAGAUCCAGAAGAACCAGGCAGAGAGAACGUUACCGUGACUGAAGACCAUGAAGAAGAUGAGCUAAAUCUUGAAGACUUCCUCAAGCAAGGAGGUAUUGAAAUAGAUGAUCUUGAUGAAAGAGUAGAAGAAACUGAGAUUGAAAAGGCAAAUCGUGAGAAAAUGAUCCUUAAAAAGACUCAAAGCGUCAAGAAGAUCUUAGGAAGAGAGGAUAUGUGAGGUUGGUUGUUUAAAUCUAACGAUAAUCUCAAGAAAAAGGGUAUUUUUGAUACUGUUCUAAACACAGUAACUGACACAUUCGAACUAGUUGCUGAUAAUAUCGAUAAGAAGAGGUCAAAGAGAUACUUCAGGAUCAACAAAGGAUUCUUGUACUGGUAUAUUAAGGAGGACUCUAAUAAGGCUCAAAAUGAUAUGGAUAUCAGGAAGAUUGAGCACAUAGAGAUCAAUAAAGAUAAUGACAAGAUGAUAUUGAUUGCUAUCAACAAUAAGAUUUACAAGCUGGAGCACAGUAAUAAGGACUAUAUCCAAGAAUGGUACAAAUCCCUUUGCUUAGUCAGGAGCAAGAGUGAAGAGUACCUCGACCUUAACAGGUACGUGGACACCCAAGUCUUUGAGAAAGUGACUGGAAAGAACAUCUUCACUGACUACGAAGAUAUACUAGGAAAGCAUUUCGAUGAAAUCGAAAAGGAAGAGAGAAAGAAGGAGGAAGAAGAAAAGAAGAUUAGAGAAGAACAGCUUCAAAAAGAGCUUGAAGCUCAGCGGAGAAUUAAACAGAAUGACACAAAGAAGAAAAAGAAAGCUAAAAAAGGUGAAAAGGAAGAUCAGAAGCAAAAUAUCCAAAUAUUUAACAAAGAAGACAUGGUUGAAAAUCCCUAUGUAAGAGGUGACUCUUUAAGCGACUGAGAUUUCUCACCAGAUGUCAAGGGAGAAUCUGAAGUAAGGCUCAAAAGCAGUACAAACCAAGAGCUUGAGCUAAAAAUGAUUCCUGCUAGAAGCACUAUGGCAGAAGGACAUAAUAAGAAAAUACUUACCGAUGAUGAUAACAAGUCUCUUAAGUUAUAUAAGUCAAGUACUAUUUCUGAUUUUGAACAAUUCAAACUAGAAGAGAGCAGAAAGAAGAUGGAAGUUAGAGCAGUUUAUGAGAAGCACAAAAAUGUGAAGAAUUCGGAUAUGUUCAAACUAGUCCGAGACCAUGAAUCCCUAAGUAGUGAUGAAGGCUCUGGGAAAAGUUCUGAAGUAUCCGGAGCAAAUAAAACAAAGAGGUCUGCCAAAAAGACACCUGAGGAAAUCAAAAGGGUAGAAGGAGAGAGCGACACAGAAGGGUAUACUAACUCUACUCUUGCCAGUCCUGAUAAGAACAAAAGGAGGAAGGAAAUUGUAGAGAAGGGUCCAGCACCAUCCUCUGGCAUCUUCGGCUGUUUCUCUUGCUUUAGGAAGAAAUAAAUAAUAAUCUCAAUGCA